CUCUUCAAGCUGCUGCUGAUCGGCGACUCGGGCGUGGGCAAGACCUGCGUGCUCUUCCGCUUCUCCGACGAUGCCUUCAACACCACCUUCAUCUCCACCAUCGGGAUAGACUUCAAGAUUAAAACAGUUGAAUUGCAAGGAAAGAAGAUAAAGCUACAGAUAUGGGACACCGCAGGGCAGGAACGAUUUCACACCAUCACCACCUCCUACUACAGAGGCGCGAUGGGAAUCAUGCUAGUAUACGACAUCACCAAUGCCAAAAGCUUUGAAAACAUCAGCAAAUGGCUGAGAAACAUUGAUGAGCACGCCAAUGAAGAUGUGGAGAGGAUGCUCCUAGGAAACAAGUGCGACAUGGACGACAAGCGGGUGGUGCCCAAAACAAAAGGCGAGCAGAUUGCGAGGGAGCACGGCAUCAGGUUCUUCGAAACUAGCGCAAAAGCAAAUAUAAACAUUGAGAAGGCAUUCCUCACGUUAGCAGAAGACAUUCUCCGAAAGACCCCUGUGAAAGAGCCCAACAGUGAAAAUGUAGAUAUCAGCAGUGGGGCCGGCGUCGCGGGCUGGAAGAGCAAGUGCUGCUGAGGGGGGGCCACAGGCGCCCCCCUCCCUCCUCUUCCUGCUGCGGAAAAAACCACUCUGCCCAUUUUUAACCUUGAAUUUUUUUGUUCCUCAUCUUAACACGGCUCCACCUUUCCUCGUUCUCUUAGGGAGACCUUGCUGACUAUAAUUUUCUCGAAACAAACUGUAUUAAAAUCAUGUCUGACUUUAUUUUUAAUGUACCUGCUCACCUGAACUCCACCACGUUCUUGUCGUAUUAUAGCCCAGUCUUAACAUUAAAAUUUAGAGCAACCAUUUCAGCUCCAGACUGCAAACUGUACGAGAAUAAAACCUAGCAUUAACAGUUUCUUUUGUACAACGGUGGGGUUUUGUUAUGAUUCUGUGCUUAAAUCACCAUAUUUGCAUCAGCAAAAAUUCAUUCGCCUUGAGUAUGUAAAUGGGGUUAUUUUGUCCUGUGCCUUAUGUGGAAAGGAACUUUGGUUCUCCCUUUCUCCCUCCUCCUCCUCCUCCUCCUCCCUUUCCUUCUUUCUGUUCUGGUGGAGGCAGGCCAGGCCAUCGGAUCGCCUGCGCUGACUCGGCCGCGGCUGACGUAGCGAGCGGAGGGCGAAGGGGCCUGGGCAGGUGCGCUGCGCUGCGCUGCCCGCCCUCGGUCCCGUGUCCCGGGGGCUUCAGUGCUGACCGGCUCCUGCCGCCAUUUUCUUUCUCUAGCAAUCCCCCCUUUCUCGCCUGCAUGCCAGCUUUAAUUUUUUUUAUGGUGUGAUGUGUUAAGAGAAGGCAAGACGGUAUGUUUGCCAAAUUUAAAUUUCAAAGCACUGAUCAUGGAUCUAGCUUUCUGAGGUGAAAUGUGAAGUAUCUACUAACCUUUGUCUAGCGAACAUCAGGCCGACUACUUCCCCCUCCCCCCGCAUAGUUACUGAGGUUUAUGAUAGGGAAGAGUUAAUUGCAUGCACUCGUUUUCGAUAGAGGAUGGUGUGGCUGUCGUCUCUCUGUGUGUAUGACUGUGCCACGCGGCUCCCAAAUCUGCAGCCAUGAAUAGAAUUUGGUUUUCUUUGCUGCUCCAGGCAGGUGACUCAGUAGCCUAGGAAAUAUUUAAAGUUGGGUGGGGGGGGAGAGGGCAGGUGAGUCGAGUGGUCACACCCCCAGAACCCGCUCCUGCUGUGUUGCAUUCUUCACAAUAAAACUCCCUUGUCUACAAGCCUGGGCAAUUGUAACUUCUUUCCACCGAUACUGAAGAACGGCCAGCAAAACACCAUUUGCUGCAGGACUGCGCAAGCGGCCCGGCCUCGUGGGGACGGCGGCACUCGCGUCUCCGCGGGGCCGCUGCGCUCGAAGGGCCGUCGGGACACUGUCUCGGGACGGCGGAAGGGCCCCCGCUUCUGGAAGAGCAGCGUCGGGCGGAGGGCGAACCCCCUUGGGUUUCCCUCUCCGGGGGCUCGUGCAGCCGUGUGUCCUGCAGGCCCCUCUGCUCUGCCCUGCCCUCCCCUCCCCUCCCGUGGACCCCCAGACGGCGACGGACGCUUGGCACGUGCUCUUAGGAAGGGAGCUCGCCGGUGGGCUCCACCAGCCCUCGAUGCUGACUUUGAUCCUAAGAGAACGAGAGUGUCGGAUUCCCGCCUUGAUCGGCGCUCCUGUGUCGCGACUCCUCCCUCCUCCGGUGGGCAGCCUGCCUCUCCCGGUGCUUGUUAACCUUUCUCAGCUGAGUGGCUGGUGAAGCAAAGACGGAAGCCCAGCGACUUGAAGGGACGAAUCGGUGCAGGUUCGUUCCUCGCACUUCGGUGUACUGAUUAGUGUUGUAAAUAGAAAUGGCUGCGUUUUCAGAUCUGCACUUUCUAACAUUAUCAAAAAGGGAAUAUGGAGUAUGCAUCGGAUUUUUUGUAUAAUCUUGUUUAAACGUGCGCUUUUUAUUUGCUUCCCGGGCGUGGCCCUCCUGUACAAGUCUCUCUAAGAUCCUUUGUAAAAGCUGUGUUCAUUAAGCACCAAACAGUGAAAUACGCCACAGUCCACUCUCUGGUACUACUAGCUACUUAACAAGUUAAAUAAACUGAAAUAUUUCUA